AGGAAUGCCGGCCGGGGCUGCGGCUGCUCCCGCUGUCCCGGUAACGCCGGCCCGUCCCCACGGCAACGCCACCGGCCAUGGCGGGGCGAGGCGCUGCCGGCCCGGGCCGAGGGUCAGCUAAAGUGUAAAGAUACUGACUAUGAAAGAAAAAGUGAUCUGUAUAAAGACAUAGUCACAUUUUUAAGGGGUGAUCGCCUAGAUUUGUGGAAAAUAUGGCCAAACAGGAAUCUAGUAUGUCUAAAGAACCAGCACACAAGAAGAAUCAGCAUGUGGAAGGUGCUGAGAUUUCUGGCCAAUCACAGAGCCUUCAUAAUCUUACAGAAAAGACUGAAUGUGAGAAAGGGAAAACUUGUUCAACAGGACCCACUGACCAGAGGUCAAAACCACAUAUGAAGUGGAAGAGCAGUGGGAUUUCUGCUUCCCAAAGUGGUGACAAGGUUCGAAAAAAAUACUCUGAAGGAGAAGGAAAAAGUAGAGCUGGAUCUCUGACUGCAAAAAAGAAAGCCAGUGGCAAAUCUAAAUCGGUUAAAAUUCAAGAAACUUCAAAAUGUAAAGCAUCAAUCAGCCUUGAGGAUAGUGAAAGUUCCUCAGAGACUGAUGAGGAUGAACACCCUGUACGUCGUCAGGAAGGAGGCAGCGAUUUGUCAGCAGAAUACUGGGGAAUUCAAAAACUUGCAAAAUAUGUAAAAGGAGGUGAUCCAACAGCCACUCUAAUUGCACUGUGUUCAAUGAGGGAUUUCGAUCUGUCUGAAGAAACCUGUCAGCUGGCCAUCAAAGACACUGGAUGUCUUGAAGUGUUAAUUAAUUUACUUGAUACAGAAGAAAUUAAAUGUCAGAUUGGUUCAUUAAAAAUCCUGAAGGAAAUUAGUCAAAAUAUAUUGAUCAGACAUGCAAUUGCAGAUCUUGGAGGCUUAGAGAUCAUGGUGAAAAUACUGGACUCUACAGAUACUGAUCUAAAAUGUUUAGCAGCUGAAACAAUUGCCAAUGUUGCUAGAUUUAAACGAGCACGAAAGACAGUAAGGAAACAUGGAGGAAUCAAGAAAUUGGUUGAGCUGUUGGAAUCUAUUUCAGUGGCAUCAUCAUACCAAGUCAAAGACACUGAAACAGUUCGCUGUGCAGCCUUGGCGCUCUGGAGCUGCAGCAAAAGCAUCAAAAACAAGAAAGCAAUCCGUAAAGCUGGUGGCAUUCCAUUACUAGCUAGAUGGCUCAAAUGCUCACAUGCAAACAUCUUAAUCCCAAUAGUGGGGACACUACAGGAAUGUGCCUCAGAGCCAAGUUACAGACUUGCAAUAAGAACAGAAGGCAUGAUUGAGACCCUAGUGAAAAAUCUGAGUAGUGAACAUGAGGAGCUCCAAAUGCAUUGUGCAAGUGCCAUACAUAAGUGUGCAGAAGAUGAAGAAAUACGUGACCUGGUUAGAAAACAUGAAGGUCUACAACCACUAUCUGCUCUGCUUGAUAAAAGUGAAAACAAACAACUUUUGGCAGCUGUGACAGGAGCAAUCUGGAAAUGUGCAAUGAGUAGAGAAAAUGUGUUAAAAUUUCAGGAAUAUAAAACUGUAGAAACUUUGGUAACAUUGCUGACUGAUCAGCCUGAGGAGGUCCUUAUAAAUGUCAUUGGAGCACUGGCAGAAUGUUGCCAAGAGGAAGAAAACCGAGGCACCAUCCGCAGAUUGGGUGGAAUUGCACCUAUGGUGACGUUACUGACUUCAACUAAUCCAGCCCUGCUUGUGAAUGUCAACAAAGCAGUGGGAGGUUGUGCCAUGGACCCUGAAAACAUGGCGAUAAUUGACAGUCUAGAUGGAGUCCGCUUGCUAUGGUCAUUGUUGAAAAAUCCUAACCCAGGUGUUCAAGCAAGUGCAGCUUGGGCUCUUUGCCCUUGUGUUGAAAAUGCUCAGAAUUCUGGGGAAAUGGUUCGAUCAUUUGUUGCCGGCUUGGAACUGCUAGUCAAUUUGCUAAAAUCAAAUGAUAAAGAAGUUUUAACAAGUAUAUGUGCAGCCAUUGCAAAUAUAGCUAAAGAUGAAGAAAACUUAGCUGUUAUGACAGAUCAUGGAGUUGUCCCUCUGUUGUCCAAGCUAGCAAACACAAACAAUAACAAGUUAAGACGUCACUUAGCAGAGGCCAUUGCCCACUGUUGCAUGUGGGGCAGCAACAGAGUUGCCUUUGGAGAGGCCAAGGCUGUGGCUCCUUUAGCACGUUACUUGAAGUCAAAGGAUCCAUUAGUUCAUAGAGCUACAGCUCAAGCUUUAUAUCAGCUUUCAGAGGAUCCCAACAACUGUGUCACCAUGCAUGAAAAUGGAGUGGUGAAGCUCCUACUGGCCAUGGUAGGCUCUACAGAUGACAUUCUGCAGGAGGCAGCAGCUGGUUGCAUAGCAAACAUUCGCAGAUUGGCUCUGGCAACAGAAAAAGCAAAAUAUGGCUGAUGCUUCAGCAGCUUUUACCAACACACUUGUUUAGCAAUUCAGCUACAUUUAAAUACACAACUACUCCUUCUAGCAUCUGUAUUUCAUAGCAUAGCUCAUCUAUUUGAAGAUAAUUUAAAAAAAAACAAAUCUGUGGAAACUUAUGUUUGAUUUUACAUUACUGGAUUGUCACCCCUAGGUUUGAUAAAACACUCAUACCUAAUUUGGUGUGUGUUUUAGCAUUACACCCAUCCAAAGACCAUCAGUUAUGAUACGUCAAAGACAUUUUCUGCAAUUGAUGUGCUUUUAUUUUCAUUUAUUGUAGCUAUACAUGGUUUUGCUUAUCUGUGACAUUACAAUAAAUUUUGCUUUUCUGUGUGUGUGGUUAUGCAGCAAUUUAUGAAUGUCUUGAACAAUUCCCUGCAUUAUAAUCUUGUCCAGUCAUUCUCUCAUUAUGCUUUUGCAUGUUUGAUCAGUUGUGACUCACAGGAGAGCAGAAAAUGUAGAUACAUGAAUCUCACAUCUGGCAUUAUAUAAAAGCUGCAAACAGCUGUAGCAAUAGACAUCACUCCAAAUUUCCCAUUUCUACCAACAUCAAACAAAAUAGUGCUUAAUUUUAUAAGUAGCUGGUGAAAUGUGUUUUAAUUAACACGUUUAACUCAGCUCUAAAUAAAGAGUCAGAUUUUAGAUUUACAUUUGCACAUUUUCUUUUUGUGGUUUUUAAUUUUUAAACUGAAAACAACAUUGUAUUGAUGUAGUUACUUUAUUUCUGUAUAAAAUUAUGUUCAGAAUUACACUUGCUUUCAAAAAUGCACAGAAAUUAUUAUUGAUACUAUAAAUUAUAGACCCACUGUACAUGCCAUGCUAAACAAGUAAUGCUAGGGCUUUUCAGUGAGAGCAGUAAUGUCUUAAUUACAACCACAGACUGCAGGCAAAAAUGAAUGAACACAAAUAUUUAAAUUCCUUGCAUUUGUAAGGGUCUCACUUCUGAAUUGUUUUUUACUUCCCUUAAUAAUUAACAAUUUUCUUGGUUUAGAAGAAUUACAAAAUGUAGAAGAAUUUUGUAAUUUCAUUCUUUUCCUUCAACUAGCAUGAUUUCUCAAGGCAACUAACUUUCUUGCUGACAGGAGCUUCUGAGGAAGACAUAAUGCCAAUCCACUUGUUUAUUUGUGUUUUCUCUGAAGCAUACAUGAAGACUCAUUUAAAAUAUCAUUUUGGAAGACUUGCACAGUUUUGAAAAAGGAAAAUUACACUGGGAAGGUGUAGAGACUAUUUUAAAGGAAGGCAGCUAUGGACAGAUGCUGAAGCAGUGUGGAAAUCAAAAUGUCAAUCCAAGUAGUAUUUUUUGAUCAGUGCAAACACCAACAUAGUCACAGGGUUCAUCACAAGCUCCAUCAGCAUCGAGUCACCACGUAAAUGCUAUUUCAGGUUUUUUCAAGCGCUGCUCCACAGGCCUGGUAUGUUAUUUUGACUAAACAUGUGUAUAUUAUUAUACUGAUGUCACAGCUGUAGUAGUAUCAUAUGCUUCAUUGCUAUACCCAAAAAUACUUCUAAAAUAAAUGCUAAUUGCCAAAUUCAUUUGAAAGAGAAGAGGCUUGAUUUUAUUUUUGUCUCUUCUGUGAGAGGAGCUGUGGAUACAAAUAGUUUAUCACAGUCUCACUUAUGAAUAACACGUAAAAUGGUAGCUUAUUUUUCUAACUGUUGAAGGGCAAAAAACUCCCUGAAAAUAACUCUUGUCCUUAGCUUGACCUCUCAAGGCACACUUGACUGUUUAGCAUGGAUUUCAAAUGGAAUAAGUUCUAAAGCAAGCUUAAUUUUAUGAUACAGGUGUCAGGGCAAUAAAUGUCACGUUUCUGACAAUGACAUGGCCUCAGUUUGCCAUUCUCACUCACACUGGUAGCCCUUAUGCCUCCAAAUAGUUAAUCUGAAACCUUUAUUUAAAACCUCAGACAGUUAAUCCCAGACUUAAGAUAACUUACUUGUGCUGUUUUCUUUUCCUUCACCAAGCCUGAAGUUUUAAAGUUCUGUACAAGAAUUGUUGAAAUCGAUACAGAUCACUACACAGGCAAAGAACUAGUAUUAGAAAAAUACAUCUUUUUUGGCUAAAACUGGUAGAUUCCAUGUAAUUAAUAUAAAGAGAUUUAGUUGUUGGAAAAUGAAUAAAUGAAUGUGAUCCCGGCCCCUGUGAAUGAUGCAGUACAGCGUGUACAUUUGAAAAGUUUCCACUUUGUCCACAGAUCUGAGUUUCACAGUGCUGCAGCCCUUUGAAAAGGGAUCCUCACAAAGCUGGGUGCCCCAUGCUGCUCACACAGCCCUCCAACCCUCCUGGCAGUGCCCACCAGCCUAUUCAAGCCCUGGCAGCAACCCAAGGCACUGCCAACACCCAGGCCCAGCACUCCCAUUGUGGAUACCCAGGCACCAGCCAGCUCCCACCCCCUGGCUCCCGUGCCUGGGAGGGAAAAAAUGCCUUCACUCCUUUCCACCAGAUGCUUCUUGUCCAUGUAAACCUGUAGCCUCUUAGGAAAUAUGGUUAUACUGCAUAUGGGGCUCAGUAUUAUUUUCAGCUCAGAGCAAUUUGAUGUACAAAUUAUUUUAGGUGCAAAAAUGUAGUGAUUUAGAAGGGGGAGUCAGGCUUUGUCCUGUUCAGUCGCCAUCAUCUGGUCAGUCUGCUCCCUCCAUGUUUUUUCUAUGUGAUUCCUAUACUUUCACAGUUUUGUAAUAUGUCUUUUUUCCCAGUUUAUUUACAUUGAUGUUACCAUCAGCAGGGAGUAUCCAACACUUUUCACAGUUUCAGGAGCCAGGUCCCAGCUCUGCAGAGCACCAUUCUCCAACUGGCAAUCACAACGCCAGGCCUGCUCUUCACCAGCUGCUCAUUGUCAGCUUUGUUCCUCAGUUACACUCAGUUGUCAAAAACCAUGGAAUCCAAAUAAGAAAAGUUGUCAUGAGAAAGUGUUGUUUUGAGUAUGGAAAUACUAGAGUUGAUGAGAAAAAAAGCAAGAGAAGGAAUCUUUCACAUUUCUGCAAUUAUUUCUGGAACCUUAUAGACCCACUACAUCUUUCAGUCUACACAUCUGUCAGCAGCAAGAUAGCUUUUCUUCUACCACUCCAUGACUUCAUGAUUUAUUGCUUGGUGACAGAUAACCAUUAUCAAUAAUUUAAUUGUCCCAGGAUGUUCAAACUACACAUUUGAAUCUGGGAUUUAUGUUCAUUUCCUUUUAGUGUUCGUGCUAAUGACGAGUGCAUGUGCUCUGACACACGAUAUUGUCUCCAAGUUGUAAGAGAAAUAUAAACUUCACGGCCUGGGUGCAAGGAAUCUGUGAUGUAUUAGGGGCUUUGUUAUUCUGCUCCAUCACCAAAACUUUCCUUUGGAAAGUAAAUGAGUUUGAGACUCACAGGGCUGUCUCAAGAUUUGACUCAGUAACAUGCUUUAGGCUUACUGAUCACUUUGAAAGCGUGGUACCUCUUUCAUUCCAUGUCUCCUGAAAUGAGUUGAGUGAGCUGCUUACACUGGGGGUCAGAUG